UUUUAAAGAGCCUUCUAAUUUGGGAGUCUUUUUUUGUCCAAUUAUGAAACCUUUCAUCCUACUAGCAUUCUGCUGUAGUUUUUUCUCUAGCGGAGCAACCCCUCUUCCAUUUGAGUUUUUGGACUGUGAUGACCCUGAUGUCUUUACAGCUGUUGACACAGCACUGAAGAAAUACAAUGAAGACAGAGCAAAUGGCAAUCAAUUUGCUCUAUACAUGGUGAUGGAAGCCAAGAGAACAGCAGGUCCUGACACACAAUUCUAUGUGAAAUAUCGAAUACAAGAAACCACUUGCGCCAUCGAGGAAAACAAACUCUGGCAAGACUGUGAUUACAAAGUACCUGCAGAAGCUACAACAGGAGAAUGCACAGCUGGAAUUCACAUAGAUGACGCUGAAAAAACAAGUAAUGUUUCACAAGAGUGCAAAAUUUUUCCAGCUACGCCAAAGAUAACGCUUACUGAGGCUGCCUGUCUCGGGUGCUUCCAUCCUAUAUCAAGUGACAGUUCAGAAGUAUCAAAAAUUCUGAAACAAGCUAUUCAAAAUUUUAACAGGCACAGUGAUGAACCUGUCCUUUUUAAGCUUGUGGAAAUAAAAGAAGCUAAAAGACAGGUGGUAGCUGGAUGGAAUUACAUAAUUAAAUAUGAAAUCGAGGAGACUAAUUGCUCCAAAGACCAAUUUCAAGAUUUAACUCCAGAGUGCAAAAUCACUUCUAGAGGUCGUAUAGGUAAAUGUGAUGCCAAAGCAUAUGAAAACCUUCACUCACAGAUAGUAGAUAUUGCAAGCCAAUGCAAGCUUCCAGGUGAAGCCACGUUAAAUCCUGCCACUCGCACUGGCUGUACAAAGACGAUCCCAAAUGACAGCCCAGAACUGAAGGAACUACUGAAGGUUUCUAUGGAGAAGUAUAAUUCGGAGAGCAAUGAUGAUUUCUACUAUAAAGGUGGAGAAAUAGAAGCAGCGACAGUUCAGGUGGUUGCAGGACAAAAUUACCAUUUAACAUUUGCAGUCCGGAAGACAAACUGCUCGAAGAAAGAGUUUGAAAAAUUUACUGAAGACUGUGAAGCCACUUCAGACAGCGUGCCGUUGCCAUGUGAAGCACAAAUUCAUGUGAUCCCAUGGGAGAAUAAAAUCUUUCCCCAGGUUAACUGCUCUAAAGAACGGUCAAUGAGUGUAUUUCUAAGAAGGCCUCCUGGAUUCACACCUUUCCGAAGCCUUAUCACGGUAGACCAGCCAGAUGAAAUUUCAUGCUCUGAUAAUAACGAAGAAGCAAGGCAAAGUCCUGACAAAGAAAUGAGAAAAGAUGGUGGACAGGAACCAGAAGGUGAACCUGAGCACAAGCACAGGCAUAAACAUGGGCAUAAACACAGGCAUGCACAUAAAAAGGAUCAUCAGUCUGAUAGAAGGCAUAGGCAUGAAACUGGUUGUGGGCACAGAACUGGUCAUGGGUGUGGGCAUAAAAAACACGGUAAAAAUGUUAAACAUAGACAUCCAAACCCCAAAUCUUCUGAGGAGUCCAAUGAAAGGGUUUUUAAUCAAAACGAAACCCUCCCAUCAUCCAGUGCUGAAACACCAGAGCUAGUUAACUCUAGGGCUGCAAGAGAAGAAACCAGUACACCUGCAGAACCGCUAAUUGUUCCUGAUACUUCUUUAUUUAAUGGGUUGCCAGAUCGCCCAGAAUCUCCUCUCCCCAGAUGUCCUGGAAAACCAUGGAAACAAACUAUGGACCUUCCAGCUCCUUCUAGCUUUUCCAGAGAAUUCACAAAUGAGGAUCUCUUGCCUUCUGCAGUAGAAAAUAUCAAUUCAGCAACAGAAAACUCAACACCUCCCCAAAACGAAGAGAAAGACCUUGAUCUCUCAGAUGCUUUACCAUAA